AUGUUUUCUGCUUCGAUAUUUCGUUCAACAAGUAAUAAUUUACUUGUUAAUUCCUGUAUUCCACAACUGUUUCAUUCAUUUAAUUCAAUUAAUAAACCAUUAUCAAAUAAACCAACAUUAAUUGAUCCAAAUCCACCUUUAGUUGGUCAAGCUAUUGAAAUAAAAGAAUAUUUAAGACAAAAUUCAAUAUCAUUUGAUGAAUCAUGGACAUGUAUUAAAGCAUUAUGUUGUCGAAGUUCAAAUAGAAUAUCAGGAGUUAUUCAUAUUGAAAAAGAACGAGGUGAGUUUGCUUGUUUGAAAUGUUCAACAAACGGUACUUGGGCAGAUUUUAAAACACAAUGGCAACAUUUUCGAACAAGAACAUAUUGCCCUAAACUAAAUACACCAUCAAUUUUGUUGUCGGAUAAAGAACUUCAAAUUUGGGAACAAUCAAAAGCUAUUCAAGAUAAAGAUAAAGAACUUGUUGAUGCUAUUUUAUCAAGAUAUGGAUUCACUGAGGAAUAUACAAUAUCAAAUACAACUCUUCAACGAUAUGGUAUUCGACUUUAUGAAGAUCAACUUAUUGCACCCUUAUACGAUACUGAUCGAUCACUUGUUAAUAUUGUUGUUCUUGAUUCCACAUCUUUUUCAGAUACUAAAUCAAUAAAAGUUGCUGCACCAUUUGGUUUAAAUCUUCUCUCAGCACGAAAUGUUGAAAUAGUUCUUGUUGAUUCAAUCUGGGAUGCUUUGUGUGUUUAUCAAACAACUGGUAAAAUAGCAAUUGUUCUUCCUAAUGCAAAAUUUUCUAUUCGAAUGAAUAUGACAUUUGAACAUUUACGUAAAAUUCAUAUAUGGUAUUGGAAUGAUAAAGCACUUUCUUUUCGUUUAGCUAAUGUACUUAAUCCACAUCGAUGUUUUAUGAUAACUUAUCCAAUGGAUGCACAUACAGCAUUUAAAUCUGGUCAUAGUUUAAAAACAAUCGUUAAUGAAAGCUUUGCUGUGAUUAAUAAAUGUAUUGAACAAUUUGAUACAUUUCGUGAUUUAAUACGGGAUGAAUUACUUCAAAGAACACGAUUUGCUGGAUUACAAUGGCAAAGAUUCCCUAUGUUGACGGAAAUCCUCAAAGGUCAUCGAGCUGGUGAAUUAACAGUUCUUACUGGAUCGACUGGUUGUGGUAAAACCACAUUUUUAAGUGAAUAUUCACUUGAUUUAUGUCUUCAAGGGGUAAACAUAACAUAA